AAAAACUCAUACUGUAUCUUCAAAACAAUGGAAAUCGACUUUAGUUACAGAAAAUAAUAAUGAUAAUAAUUUAUCCAUUUCUGAUAAUGAUAUAGAAAUAAUUUCAUCUACUUCUCCACUUUUAUUAAAAAAAAAAACUAGUACUAUACCUUCAAAAUGA